AUGAACAGCAACAGUCUUCUGGGGGAACUGGCGAAGGAGUGCGCUCCUUUGCUGCUCGCUCCUCGCGCUGACGAUCCCGACGCUGUUGUGCGCCGUCUGCGGAUUCUUCCAGCUGAUGGUAUUUAUCGCUGUUCCAGCCGUGAUAGCAUAAUAACUCCCUACGUGUUUUCGGGCGACGCAGAACACUCGGCACCACCUAAUCACUCACUGACGCCGGAACAAUCGGGUAGCGUGGUCACUUCCGACAUUCUAGGAAUUUCGACUGAAGUGUGUCCACUUCAAACAGCCCUCUCACUCGCUUCGGUUGAAUGUGUAGCCGCAAAUCAGAAGCAUUUAUUCGAACUGAAUGUCUUUCUUCAGCUGCUGCGCCAGGCACCGGCGAGUUACACUAGUUCUUUAUUUUGGAGUGUGCUUAUUCGGCGGCUUGGGGAGCUAGGCUUCUACGAAAUAAUGAAAGGAAAUAUAAACACCCUGUGGGCGAGAAUUGGCCGACAGUUGCUUCGCAGUGGAGAGAUGUUCAACGCUUUACGCCUUCUUCAAACUUCCUGUGAUGUUGUUCUACACUACAGUGAGCACGCUGUGCAGUAUCCUCCGGACGCAACGUUGCUUGGUGAGUUCGCUGUGCUCGCUCGUCAGAUGUGGGCGGAGAGUUCGUCGCCCGUGGUGAGGCGCUGCGCCCUUGUAGUUUCUGCUUUUCUGACAAAGUUUGCCGACUUGGUACCACUCGACCUGUUGAGCGACGCCAGCGAAACAAAACGUGAUGCUCCCCACUUACUCGCGGUCGUUGCGAAGGCACCUACACUUUUCAAGGAGGAGGAGGAAACCGCUGCCGCGGGGGAAAAUCUUCGUGUAGUAUUAACAGUCGCGUUCACAACUACAGCUUACUCAAUUCCCACCACGAUGUACUUUCGUGGUGAGGGCCCUCAGUCCGCCUCGUUGUCACUUGUUCAACACCGCUUUGCUUCGGCACUCCACCAGCUGCUGGUAUUAGCUUCAUAUGGGUUCUGGGAUCAUUUUUCUGCCGAAUCACUGCUCUCUUUGACUGAGGCGUCGGCUGUUUACUCGCGUUUGUGGAACUCUUUUCCCCCCAAGAUGUUCACGCUCUGGGGUCGUAUAUGCCAAAAUAAUCUUGUGACCUCCUGCAAAAUGUACACAUCGUCCCUCUUCAAUUAUUGUAUUUCCGCCGCUGCUUAUCAUUACAGUCUCGGGGAGUUGGAGGGCAUUACUCGUCGUUAUGCCGUAGGGGACGUCUCGCACGGUGGGGAGCCGUCAAGUACGGAGCCACUUCAGGCAGCAGACGAAGGGCAAAAACGUGGAAGGCAGCAAGAACAGCAUGAGGAUGUAAGUGAAAGAAUCCUUGGGAGUGGUGCUGACGCCUGUGAGAAGCUUGACAUUACUCCACACUUGAGGGAAACAUUUCGAUUAAUGGUUACCGGAUGGGGCUCGUUCCAGCCCGGUGACAGGAAUUUUCUACGCAGUGGUCUCGUUGUGUUGCACGUGUUGUUGCUUAACUACCCGUAUCAACUGGAGGAGUUGGGGAAAGCAAUUGGAUUUGAUGUAGGCCAACUGCUUCAUGGCAUUGUAAUGGGUCUUUUAGCAAGCGACGUUGAUAGUGCACAAAUAAUGGAGACGGUUUACUCCAUCAUUUUCCGUUUUUACGAGAUGUUCGACAUUUUCGAUGUCGUUUCCAACCUCUUGCCGCCACAGGUGAUGGCCGAUGUGGGCCUAAAGUGUGAAACAACAGAAAAGGCGCUUAUGCAAGCACAGCUUUAUGGGGCGCUGCUUGAAACGCAUGGAGAGGACAUAUCGCCUCUUCCUUUACUGGAAGCAGCAACACACAUAAGCCGUGGCGCCAUUUUGCGCUUCUCCUCCGCCACUUCAUUUUUUGUUAAGUGGUUCACUGUUACUGAAAGGUCACUUUUGUUGCAACCGCGAGACGCCCUGGUCGACCUGUUCUCCCUUAAGGGCGCCGGUGACAAGUUGGUUCAAUGCCUCUGUGAAGGUGCUCUUGCCCUUGUCCGUGAACUUCAGUCGGGUAACGUAAUUAUCGACGGGUUUCCUGUGGCACCGGUGUUGGAGAGCGUUAUCAGUUGCAUUUCUUCCGCUGUCUUGUAUGGAGGUCAACAAAACGCAUUGGUUGCAUGUGCCAUUGCCGUUCACGGUGAGGGCGACGUCCCCGCCUCUCUCAUGUUGUUCUGUUUAGUAUUUGCCGCCAACGCAAAUAUUACCUUACUAGAGUCCUCUGCCAGGCUACUGGCGUACGUUGUAGAGCAUUCGGAUGAGGGGCUCUUUACCACCCUGAGACUUCAUACCUCGAUUGAGAUGAAAAAACGACUGCUUGCAGGGUUGCAUCAACAACUGGGGUCGGCCGCCUCUGCCGAUUCUACAGGCGCAAGGAUGGUGCGUCUUGCGACUCUCCACCACCUGCUACGCUUUGACCCAGCCGCAUUCUAUUACCUCAUGGCUGCUGAGGACCACGGAAAGGAAUCCGCGGAGCUACGAAUUACGCCCUUCUUGCGUGAUGUUGUUAAGUCUUCGGACACUACGGCACUUGAGAAAUCGGAAGCCCUCGCUUGUCUCAAAGCACUUGACGAUGUGGGUGUUUCUACAACCGAGGUUGCAACCCUGUUAUCAAAUAUGCGGGUCGAUUCUCCGAUCACCGGGGGUGUUUUAACUGCUGCGGCAGUUUAUUAUGCCUGCGGCGUAUACUUUCAUAAGUACAAGUUGGACGGUGGGGAAAGCAGUGUGGCCCCAACAGGGAAGGGAGUAACUCAGCGGUUGAGGUUGUCGGAUUCUUUUACGGUAAACAUGAUGCAAGGAAAGGUAUUGAUAGGCCCCUCAGAUGAGGCGUGUAAGAUGCUGAAGUUCAGCUGUGAGGCGCUAAAGCAGUGUAUUAGUUUUUACGAGCAGACCGCAAAGCAUCUUCGCUAUGGUGAUGCCAAUAAUGCCACAGUACUACCCUCCAUUGACUCCUACCCGGCUGCACAUUCUCCUCUGGUUCUUUCGGUUGCAGGAACCGCUGGCCGCUCCGCAGGUUGCACCGAUCGUCGGUGUCGGUCUCUGGUGGAUCCAAGACAAAUGUGUAAUGGACAGGCAACGUUUAGCUCGUGCCUUCUUGCUGCCGAGGGAAUUUCCAUGUGGGAAGGGGUGGCCAAUGUCGAUUUGGACCGCCUGGCAUCGGCGCUGGUGGCAAUUACUCGCCUCACUACAUCGAUUGAAGCUGCGUUGUGGAUUUUGUACGGAGAAAAGGAAGUAGACUCAGUAACCGCACAGCUGCUUGAGGCUGCACUUUGUGCUGUGCAGAUGUUAGGAUCACCAGUUCCGCAGCUUCGAGAUCAGGUGUCGGCGUGCCUAGAUGGUGCACUGACGUUGGCGCAAACUGCAGCAGUCAUACUCACUCGAAUGCCUAGUGACGGGAACUCGCUUUUGCGCACUGGAGAGUUCAUCGGUCUUUUUUCCGUUUUCGUAAAGACUUUAUCUCUUUACCGUGACGACGACGAUGUUAUUUCGAGGGGUCUCAAGAUCGUUGGAGUGUUUAAACCUGUAGAGGUAGCUGACGAGGAGGUGGUGAUACACAUUUUUGACACAAUCGCAUCCGUUGUGGAAAGGCAUGCUUCGUCAAGUCCGACCGAUUUCCUUGUGCCUAUAGUUGCUCAGGUGACUGUGAUUUUUACCAGCAUUGGUGAGUUCUGUCCAACCAAGUGCGCGCUCGGCAUUGUGAAUAACCUAUGGUCUUGCGCGAUGAACGUCUCGCAAAUGAUUGUUAUCGCUGAUCCGUGUUCGCCGCUGUCCAACAAGUUCGACGUUAUUGUAGAAGCUGUGAGGGCCAUUUUGUUGCAGUGCGACGGAAUACUGGGGUAUCUUUCAUAUGAUCGAAUAAUGCCUAUGGCCACUGCUCUCGGGCAGCUUAGUAACGCAAGCUGCUAUGAUGCGUUGGAUCAUCUUUAUAAACCACAGGCCUGGCAUGGGGCAUGGUUAUCAUUGCUUCGGUUAUUUCACGCCGUUUUGAUCGGUUGUGGCGGGGGCAGUGAAAAUACGUUGGGGUGGCUCUCGAUCAUCUCGAGCUGGGCGACGACCAGCCCACGGUUUCGGGAGGCCGUUUCUGGCUUCACUUAUUGCCGCGGUGGGGUUUCAAGAAGCUCCGGGCCUCAUUCAUGGGAGUGGCAGGAAAUGCACAUUGCAACAUUGAUCAUCAGUUUGUUGUCUAGCCUGGGUACCUCCACCGCACCACUGACACCACAUGUUCAGCGCUGCUUUUGUCGUAUUCGCCAUUUUACCUGUCAGACAACGGGUACACCGUGCGCCGCAUCUUUAAACGAACUCUUUUUAGCCACUGUGCGCCACCAGCUCUCAUAUCUCAUUUUCCACUCCCCGCCAUCGGGUUAUAUGGAGGGUGAGCCGCCCAUUGUGACCAUUUCCCGGUAUCGCUACCCUUCAAAUGGUGAGGCAUCGACAUCUGAUGGUUUACUUCUGCAGAAGGCUGCCAAAGUGAACGAAGGGGACCAGAAGGAGGAGCAACUUUCUUUCUACACCCUGCGGUGUUUCAUAUUUCGAGAGUUAAGUAUUCUUCGAAAGAGCUGCCGUGACGACUCGAGUGCCACAGGUGCCCUUACCUCUCCCGACAAUACUCCUGUAAUGCGAUCCAGUUCCCUGAACACAAGCACGGACGGUUUCUCUGAUAUUGAUGUUCGUGAUGGGGGUUUGCAGGUGGUUGCACCGCACCUUCUCAACGUUCAGCUCGCUCUCAUUCUUUUUGUGCGUAACGGCCAUUUUCAGGUUUUCCAACGUUGUUUGGAUCUGUGGGAGCAGCAGGAGCUUGUCGAAGGGUUGGAUGAGCUUCAUCGCUUUCUCAAUCUGCUGUCGCACUACGCACGUCGCCUUGAGAGUACAAAGUUGAUAUCGGUGGUGGAAACGGUACAGGAAGAGUUGCAGGGACUUGCCGAAAGACUCCGCAGUGGAGCGACUUCAUGGCGGACGACAGGAGCCACGUUGUGA